AUGUUAGGCAAGACCCUUACACCUCCGCUCAAUCUCCCCACCUUUUACCCACAGUCUCUCGGCUACCUGCAGCACGGCGGGCGCGACGACGGGGAUGUGAUGACAGCCGCCACAACGUACUUCCCUCCCCGCCGCCAGCUCCUUGUGGUGGGCAGGUAUGUGGCUGACUUCAACAACGAGGACCCCUCGAACCCCAAGUAUGACCCACAGACCUGGCUGCGCUCGAGGGCCUCACGCGUGCCGCUACUCUUCCGCCGCAGGAACGGCAAUAUGUUCUCCGUCGCCUCGACAAACCUUGAGAUGUCCUCCUCUGACGUCACACCCCGCGAAGUGCCGGUGGAUGUGGAUGUGUAUUGCGCGACAACAGAAAAGACGCACUAUACUCUGGUGGAGCCUGUGUAUCCGUUCUCGGCCCCCAGCCUCUUCUUCCCGAUACACCACAGCAGCCGCGGAUGUGAAGCCUCCGUUGAUUCUCGAGCUCCACGUGAGUUAAACCUCGCGUAUCAUGGCUGUGAUCGACCCAAUUACAAGCUGAGGAGUCUCACCAUACAGAAAAACAACCUUAAUCGCAUGUGCCUCUACAAGGUGGCCCCCGGUGCCGUGGCCUUCAAGGUGGUGAUCGAUGCCUUUGAGGCCUCUGGGAUGCAGUACACAGCUUCCAAUGAGCUCUUCAAUGUAAUAUGGGCGAAGCGGGCAACACCCUACACGUUGGCUCAUCUUGGCCCGUACCAGAAGGUUAACCAUUUUCCAGGAACAUGGGGCAUUGGUAGAAAGGAUAGUUUGGCUCUCAAUAUUGAGAAGAUGCAGCGUCACUUUGGAGUCGAUGCUUUUAAUAUCGUUCCCGCGUCGUUUUUAAUUCCCAAGCAAUGGGCACAGCUUGAGGAAUACGUCAAACGACAACCCGAUACGAGUGAGGAUCCGCUGAUUUUGAUAGUGAAGCCUAGUGCUUCUAGUUGUGGACGUGGAAUUCGUCUUUACCAUGGAAUGCCGCCCAUGCCGACAGGAACUAGACCAAUGGUGUGCCAGCGCUACCUGGGUAAUCCCAUGCUCAUUUACGGACGAAAGUUUGAUCUCCGCUUGUACUGUGUCGUGACGUCCUUCGAUCCGCUUCGCAUUUUCCUCUUUGAUGAGGGUUUGGUGCGUUUUGCCGCGCAAAAGUACCGAGGAAUGGACAAGGAUUUGGACAAUAUUCACGUUCACUUGACCAACUACUCUGUAAACAAGACAGCCGAGCUUAACCUAGCAAGUCGUGGCAAAGAGUAUCAAUCGGAUGACCCCGUGGAUAUUAAGUGGUGUCUUUCUGACCUACGCCAAUUCUUAAUGGAAAAUCAAAAGGAUGGAGAACUUACGUGGGAGAGAAUCAUGCGUGGUUGUGACGAUGCUGUCAUUAAAGCCUUCCUUAGUAUUGAAAACGAUGUCGUGGAACGCAUUCGCAAGGAGUGUAGUGAUAGAACCGGACGGGGAUGUUUCGAGAUGUACGGUUUAGAUUUAAUGGUGGAUGCGGAAUACAAUGUAAAACUUAUUGAGGUGAACAUCAUGCCUUCCUUGGCCACAGGAACCCCUCUUGACAAGGCCGUCAAAUCCCGCAUGUUAGCCCACCUACUGACGCUCAUCCGCGUGGUGCCGCAUCAACGCAAUGCCCCUGGGCCCACACCACCAAACUUUGGAGAACCGCCUUCAUAUCGCCACUACACGCGUUAUCGGUUUGGUCGGCACCCGCACCAGGAGGCGGAGCUGAUUCAGAAACCCCUGCUUACCCGAUUUAACGAUCCCAAUGACCCUGACUCUUUCCUUUCCCCGAGCGAAUGCCUUCUAUUGGUUGAGGCGGAGGAGGAAUUGGCAUGCGCUGGCGGCUUCCGUCGUAUUUUUCCCACGGCCAAGAAUGUGCUGGCCUACUUGCCUUACUUUACGCAUGGUGUUCUCAGAAACAACUACCUUCUUGCAUCGGCUCUCCGGAUGCAGGCAAAGACAAGCAGCUGA